AUGCAGUCAGUCCAGACAGGUGAGAUAUGGUGCUUGGACAACGAGGUUCCGAGCUUUCUCCAUUCAACAAUUGUCUUUCAACGUGACGGGGUUCACUUUGUAUGUCAGUCUGAAGAGCGCAAGCCUAAACUUGAUAUCGAAAGCAUCAACGCCCUUCAUCCCAGAAUGAUUCCCCGAGAAGAUAUAUGUCCACUUGUUGAGGAGAAUCUCACUGUCUGUGAAGAGCCUACCAAGCCAGACAUCUUUAUCAAACGACCCGACCUGACCUCAUACGAUGGUAGCUCCAAUCUUGCCGAUUUCAUCCUUCAAGAAGCUCGUAUAUGCGAGAUUCUGAUGCGCCAUCCUCACCCACACAUCGUUAAAUACUUUGGAUGCUACGUGGAGGAAGGUCGAAUCGCAGGGCUUUGUUUCCAACGUUAUGCGGAGACGGCUGAAGACAGAAUGUUAAGCGGUCGUCCAAUCGACAAAGACAAGGUCUAUGCUCAGAUCAGCGAUGCCGUCGAGCACCUUCACUCGAUCCACGUGGCACAUAGAGACAUUAAAACAGCCAAUGUAAUGUUUCCCACGGAAUCGAGCGACUUCGCGAUCCUAAUCGACUUUGACGCCUCCGCCGUCAUAGGCCAACCACAUCCAGCAAAACGGGGCUUGAGUGAUGAGCAGGGGCUUGAGAAACUCGCGAAGUCUCUCGCCAGAUAG